AAAAAAUGACAAUCUCAGCAGCAAACAAUAGCCCAUUGAUAGUGGCUUUUGGAGAAAUGCUCAUUGAUUUUGUGCCGGAUGUCGCCGGCGUUUCCCUUGCAGAAUCCGGUGGUUUCUUGAAAGCACCUGGUGGUGCACCUGCCAAUGUUGCCUGUGCUAUCACCAAGCAUGGUGGUGCCUCUGCCUUCAUUGGCAAGGUUGGAGAUGAUGAGUUUGGUCAUAUGCUGGUUGAUAUCCUGAAGAAGAAUGGUGUAAAAACUGAAGGAGUGUGCUUUGAUCAACAAGCAAGAACUGCAUUAGCUUUUGUGACACUGAAGAAGAAUGGAGAGAGGGAGUUCAUGUUCUAUAGAAACCCUAGUGCUGAUAUGCUUCUAAAAGAAUCGGAAUUAAACAUGGGUCUCAUUAAUCAGGCUAAGAUAUUUCACUACGGAUCUAUAAGCUUGAUAUCGGAGCCAUGCAGAUCGGCUCACAUUGCAGCCAUUAAAGCCGCUAAGGCAGCUGGGAUUUUUCUUUCUUAUGAUCCUAAUCUAAGGCUCCCUCUUUGGCCUUCUCCUGAGGCUGCCAGAGAAGGGAUCAAAAGCAUCUGGAAGGAAGCUGAUUUCAUCAAGGUGAGUGAUGAUGAGGUGGAAUUUCUAACACAAGGAGAUGCAAGUAAGGAAGAAGUGGUGCUUUCUCUAUGGCAUGAUGGUCUCAAAUUGCUUGUUGUGACUGAUGGAGAAAAGGGUUGCAGAUAUUUCACUAAGAAUUUCAAAGGAAAGAUUGGUGGGUUUUCAGUGAAUACAGUGGAUACAACUGGAGCUGGUGAUUCUUUUGUUGGUGCACUUCUUUUCUCUAUGGCCAAGGAUACUUCAAUUUUUCAAGAUGAAGGGAAAUUGAAAGAGGCUUUGGUAUUUGCAAAUGCAUGUGGAGCAAUUUGUACAACUCAGAAAGGAGCAAUUCCAGCACUUCCUUCCACUAAUGAUGCUCUUGCUCUUAUCAAGUCCAACACCAACUAAUUAAUUAGCAUCAAGGAC